AUGUUGGGGUGCUCGCGGGAUCGAAUCAGUCUCGUCGUGCCCGUCGCGGCUACCAUGCGCCAUUGCGCCACCCCCUGGUUGCUUUCACUCUCCGCAUUCCACGUGCCCGUCCAUUCCCCCGCAAAUCCCGUUUUUCCCCACUCACUCUCCCUCCCCACCCUCCCACCCAACCCCUCCACAAAUCCUUUCUUGACCUUGUUCAUUCCCCUGCUCUUCCCCAUCCCGUCAAUUUCCCUUUCCCCACUUCCGUCUCAUCCCUCUGCUUCCCUCCCCCCCCCUCUCCCAUUCACCGCUCGCCCCCCAAUCUCUCCCCCCUAUUCUCUCCGUCCGCCAGCCACGGCCCCGCUGGAGACGAUUCGCACGCACAUGAUGUGCGGGCGGGGCGGGCUGGCGGCGAAUGGGAGCAUGACAGCUGUCUUCCAGUGGGUGCUGCGCACGGAGGGGUGGACGGGGCUGUUCCGCGGCAACGCCAUCAACGUGCUGCGCGUCGCGCCCAGCAAGGCCAUUGAGAUGCUCACAUACGAUACAGUCAAGCGUUUUCUCACUCCCAAAGAAGGCCGCCCCUCCAUCAUCCCGCGCCAGCUCCCCCUCCCCAUCUCCUCCAUCGCCGGGUCCUCCGCCGGCAUCGCCUCCUGCCUGCUCACCUACCCGCUAGAGCUCGUCAAGACGCGCCUCACAGUCAACCCCGACAUGUACCGUGGCGUGCUGCACGCGUUCCACCGCAUCAUAACCGAGCAGGGCGUGGGGGAGCUGUAUCGGGGCGUGGCGCCGAGCGUGGUGGGCAUGAUUCCUUAUGCGGGGGCGAAUUUCUAUGCGUAUGACACGCUGUGUACGGCGUAUAGGAAGGCGAGAGGGCGGGAGGAGAUUGAGCCGCUGAUGACGCUCGUGAUUGGGUCAACGGCGGGGUGCUUUGCUGCUGCUUCAACCUUCCCCUUGGAAGUCGCCCGGAAACAUCUUCAAAUGGGCUCAACAGGAGGCAGGGUGGCAUACACAGGCAUGCUGCAGUGCAUGAGGAGCAUAGUGAGGGAGCAGGGAGUCAAGGGGCUGUACCGAGGGGUGGUGCCGUCGUGUGCCAAGAUGAUGCCGGCUGCUGGCAUCUCCUUCAUGUGCUACGAGGUGCUCAAGCGCGUGCUUAUAGAGGAUGAAAAGGUUCGAUAG